CAUCUAGUGGUGUGGAAUACGUGAACGAGUCAAUUUCUAUUUCCUGAUGUAAAUAGCUCAGUCAUCUUCUUGUGUUGUAGUUCGAUUCUUCUGCUUUAUAGUAUUGUGACCAAUUCAGUGUAGUUUUAAACCGUUUUAGUUAGGAACUAUAUUCCUAGUGGUGCUGAAUGAUGGGGGAGACCUACAAUGUGAAGCUCUAUGUUUAUGACCUGUCAAAGGGACUUGCUCGUCAGCUGAGUCCUUUGCUCUUGGGUAAACAACUCGAAGGAGUUUGGCACACAUCAGUGGUAAUCCAUGGAGCAGAGUAUUUCUUUGGGGGACAGGGUAUAACAAACUGCCCACCGGGUGCUACACUGUUAGGAGAGCCUGAUGCCAUAGUGGAUUUGGGAAACACAGAAGUUCCCAAAGACUUAUAUACAGAAUAUCUUUCAUCUCUGCAAGAGUCCACAUACAGACCAGAGAUGUACCACCUUUUCGAACACAACUGCAACACUUUCAGCAGUGAAAUGGCACAGUUUUUAACAGGAAGAAAAAUUCCAUCAUAUAUUACUGACCUGCCAUCUGAUGUGCUUUCCACGCCUUUUGGACAAACACUGCGUCCUCUGAUUGAAUCCAUCACCAUUGCCCCGCCUACAGACAACUCUUUCCAUGGACACUAUGGACAGAGGUAGACACUGUUGUAAGGAACAGUGGCAUGGUCAUUCAAAUUCAGAAAAUGACAAUUUAACAAAGCUCAAUAUAUCAGCAAAUAUAUAACAAUAUAUGAUCACAUUAUCUGCUACAUUUAAAUACAGGGAAUAUGGUUUUGGCAAAACAGACUUAUGUAGCUAACAAAUUAGGAAUUCUCAGAGUCACAUAUUUGUCUCAAAGUACAUUUAAUAUAAACUGCUAAGUUCAGGAAGCAACAGAUCAGUUCAACAAGAUCUAUUUAACAACAGAUGAUUAAUUGAGUUUUUAAGGCUUAUUAAACACAGUAAUAAAACAGAUAAUUGAAUAAUUGAUCUGACUAAUAAAUACUUCCAAUAAAACUCUCUCUUCAGGAUCUUGAUUUCUGCAGACAUUGGCUCAUAGCCAUAAACCACUAGCUUGCAAAUAUUUACAAAACAAGCUUUGACUGCAGUGAUCACAUUUCAUUAAGGUCUAAAUAAUAAUAAUAAGUUUGAUUUGUAAUGCUUAAAUAUGUUAAUGUUUAUAGAAAUAACAGUUGAAUAAUACUUCUGCUGUUAGGGCCUGUUAUGUAUUUCUCUUGGAUAUCAAAUGUCUGCCUUUGUGUUGCGUUUUAUUCGAUCUGCAGUAACAUCUGAAAGUCACACGAGCUUGAGCAAUGUGAUUCCAAAAUUCAUGUGGAGGAAGUGAUUCUGGCUUCAUGACUACUGUUGCCUUUUUAAUCUUUUCUGAAUGUUUUUGACACUUGACUGAGUGUAUGACAUCGUGUAUGAUACAGUGUCUGAAACCAAAAGACUAUUUACUAUUACCUAAUAUAUGUGAUAAAAAAAACCCAUGCAAUUUAUGUGCUGAUUUUUUAGACUGUAAGCUUUAGGAAAUCAAAUGUUUAUAUAUCUAUCAUUUUAAUGCAUUGGUUUAUAGAUAGAUAGAUAGAUAGAUAGACAGACAGACAGACAUACAGACAGACAGACAGACAGACAGACAUUUAAAGAAUUUAAUAAAAUGAUUAACAUUUAAUAAUAGUAAAAAAGUCUGUAGAAUGUGCUAUUUGGAAAGCGGGACUACUUUUAAACUGACACCAAAUAUCACAGUACACAAACAGGGAACUUACAUUAUUUAUGAUCUUUUUUGGUAGGUGGGAAAGCAUGUUACAUCAUAGACACACUCAUUUCUCAAAUUGUCUCCUGAUCAAAAUCAAUGAAAGUUAUCUUCAUUUACUUGUCACUCAUCUGUAUGUCCCAAUUGUUGUAAGGCACAUAUGCUAUGAAUUCAGUUGAUUUAUUGCAGCCUUUCCACUUUGUUUUGUUAUUUUCUCUGGAAUAAUUGUACAUUUACAGUCUGUAAAAAAAAAAAAAUAGAUUUACUGAUGAAUUCUCAACUUUGUGACUUUUUAAAAAUUCUACAAGUGUUCUUUCAUUAGCACUACUGUUUCGUUUAUGUGUUGGUGCUUCUGGUAAAGUGUUUUAUAGGUUUAUGACAGAAUGACAGAAUACAAAAAAUGUUUUUUAACAUAUACAGCUUUUAACUUCAUAUUUUACAUCUAUGUUGGAUUCUACAUGUAAACUUGUUGGCAGUGACUUAAUGGCUUCUUUAUUUAGUGUAUACUUGAAUUUACUUUGGUUGACCUAUUAUAGGUAGUCGUCGACUUACAACCUAUGCAACUUAAGACCAUUCGACUUUACGACCACCAUCGCUAGCCGCGGCGUACGUUAUUUUUUUACAAACUACCGGCAUAAUUUUACAGUACGUGUGAAAAUUUCAUCGUGUUACGAGUGUCGUACGCCGAAUAAAUCGUGUUACGACCCAUUUGUCGGUCCCAUUUGUGGUCGUAAGUCGACGACUACCUGUAACUGAUUUAUUGGUUACGGUUUUUGUCAAAUUGGUGUAAUUUUGUAUCUCAAGUAAAAGUAAAGGAUAACUGUUUUUAUUUUUAAUAAUUAUUGGAAAGCAAAAUGUUAUAUAGCUGUAAUAGAACUUCCUUUUUGUUUAACACAAGAACUUUCCUUGAACAAAAGGUGAAUGUGACUAGGUGUAAAAUAACCGUUUGUAAGACUUGGAUCCUUGUAGUGCAGUAAUAAAAAUGGCCACUAAGUGGCAGAAGUACCGCAUAAUUUUGAGGUAAAACAAGCCAAACAGGCAUCACCGUCUGUAUAUAUUUAUUUUACAUUUCCACUGUAAUGAAUAUUAUUUUAAUUAUGUAAUUGUAAAAUAUCUGCUAUAACCUGCAAUAAAAAUAUUUGCUCUAA